UUGCCUUUAUUUAACAGUAAAAUGUUGGUCUUCGUGAGUAUGGAAGUUUAAAACUCUGUAGUUGUUAGUGAUAUUAUGUUGUUGAUUUAGUAUGAAAUAACAAAAAUCAGCUAAUAUAAAUGUGCAGCCAUGAAUUUCUCGCCAUUCGGAGGCCACUUCCCAGCAAUGCACCAGUUUGCAACAGCCAAAUUUGGCAAUGAACAAAUUCAGCCAGGCACCAUGCUUGUAACAAGCGCAUCUGAUGGAACAAUACAGUAUAUACGACCAGAGCACAAUGGUGCAAACUUCCUUCCUCCAGGUGUAAAUACUAAUACAGUCCAGGGAAUCCCAGUGUCCAUUACAUCAUCUGUGAAUGUUCCUGUUUCGGCAGCUGCUCGUAGCAUCACAACAGUUCAGCAGCAACAACAGCCGCAACACCAGCAUCAGUUGGCAGCCAUGGUAAACCAGUCAGCAGGUGGCACCAAGUACCAUCACCCACAUGGAGCUCUUCUUGGAUGGGGUGAAGUACCUUUGGUGCAUCAUUUUAAUGACACAGGGAAAAACAUCACAACAAUAAAUGUUCCUUAUCCUAAUCCAACAGUAAAUUCUACAGCUAUCUUGGCAGUUCAGCCAACACAGGCAUCAGGAGUGCCAGCUGUAGCACCAGCAGUGUGGCCUGUGAGGUUAAUGCAGAAUGUGUCUACCAUGACAGUUGACGAGUCCGAGUCAGAGCCGCAGGAUCUAUGCAAAGCAGGUGAGAACAUCAAACCAAAGUUAGACAUGUCCAAGCGAGAUAAGGAAUCAGGAGAGAGUGAAGAUGAUAGUGAUGAUAGUUCAAAGUCAGAUGUAGAAGGGCCCUCCUCCACAAGUGAAGCUGAGCAGAAUCACCCAAAACAAGGACUCCAAGUGCCAGUCAAUGUAGGCCAUGUCACAAAUGGUAGUGGUCAGUUGGAGUGUCAUCAGAUCCAGCUGCAGCAGCAGGGAUCCGCAAUGGCCGACUAUCUUGCAAGAUUGCAGCCUUCCACAAUCCCACUCAGCCUUCAGCACUUCCUGAAGUACCAGACAAACAAUGUUGCAUUGGCUACAGUGUCAGAAGUCAAGAGAGAGGGUGAGAAUAUUCCUGUGGCAGUUCCAGGAACCAUGGGGCCUGUCCAAGAAGAAUUACCAGCUGUGUCACUCAAGAAGAAGAAGAAGAAGAAAUCCCCUAGGAAACCUCCACGCCCAAAACCCGGAGAAAUCCGCCUGUCAACAGCAUUGGAUGGUUCAACACUGUUUUGCUGCCCUGAGUGUUACAUGGCAUAUCCUGACAGGGACAUGCUGGAACAGCAUCUAGCCGGUCAUAAACAGGAACGCCGCUAUGUGUGUAAUGUCUGCGGAGCUGGUCUUAAACGUAAGGAACAUCUCGACCAGCACAAACGUGGCCACAGUGAUGAACGGCCAUUUGUGUGUACUGUAUGUAUGAAGGGAUUCAAACGAAAUGAGCAUCUGACACGACACUACGUGAUUCAUUCAGGAAACAAGAGCCAUUCUUGUAUCGAGUGUGGCAAGGCAUUCUCUCGCAAAGACCACCUCCAUAAGCAUGCCCAGACACACAUUGCCAAACGUGUGAAGGCGGAGUUGAGCCAAGCAGCUAGCCUUGAUGGUAGUGCAGCCCCUACACCGAUUCCCACGCCACCUACCUCCAUGACGAUCCCUCACGUGAUCCACCAUCACCACCAGCAGCCUUUGACUCACCCUUUGCACCUCCAUCACACCAUGUCCUGAGACAUGCCUUGGGAUCGUGCAGACAGUAUUGCCUGCCAGUUCUUUUAAGCGGCUUGGCUUCAGGCAUUUGUUUUUCAUUUACAGAGUCACAGUAGGUUGCACUUCUGCAGUAUUUUGCAGAUAUGUAUUCCAUAGCAUGACACUAGAUAUUACUGUAACGUCUGUUGAGUGAAGAUGUGCCCCCCUAAGUUUUCCACUUUUCUCACAUUUUGUUGAAAAUGUGUGUGGAUUGUAAUCAAGAUUGUGGUUUUGUGAUAUGAUGCUGUGUAGUUUAUGGUAGACAGUAACAUUUUGGAAGUACAUGCCUCUUCUGUCGUCUCUGAAAAUGGAGUUUGCAGGUUCAUCUGGAACAUUGGUUUUUAUCUACUGAACUACAUGGCCACAUGUCCCAGAAAACUAUAAUCGUGAUAUGCAUUAUCAGUACUCAGUGCCUCAGUUGUCAUGUGACUUCUAAUGGUUGUGGUGGAAUAGCAGCUUACUUGGACCUUCCAUAUAUGGUCUAUAAAAUGAAGCAUGUUUUGUGGUGUUGUGAUAUCUGUGCAGAUAUCUUCACCUGUCCACAUGCCCCGUAGCUUAUUACCCAUACAUUUAGACCAAACACACACAGCUACUCACAUAGUUAAUUCUGAAGAAGUAUUGUGUUUAUAAAAAUUAUUAAUCUCAAGGUGCUAAAUAAGUACCCAUAUUUUAGGUACAUCUGAGUCAGAAAGUUCUUAACCAGUUUGUCCAGUUUCCACUGAUUUUGUAUCAGAUAUUUGGACAGACACAUUUCAUAGAUUCUUUAAACAGAAUGUGGAAGAAGUCAGAGUGCAGUACAGCACCCCUGAUAACAUACAUUAUUACAUGACACAGGGACAGUUAUGCAGUUAGAACUUAAAAACAGACUUCAUGUUUAUGCAAUUUUAUAUGACUUUUUAAAAUUAUUUUUAGUGAGGACUAAAGCAUGAUGAAUUUAUUUAUUUAAAAGUGAGUAAAAGUAAAACU